CUUGGAAGCAUAUUAUUAGUGUGCAACUGCAACCAGAGCUCACGCACUCUUCUGUACUGGAAGUCCUGAACGUGACGAGCUAAGCAGCGAGAACGAUGGCGGACGAGUACGGCCGCAGCGGCUACGGCAGGUCCGGCGCCGGCGACGACUACGAGAGCGGCGGCUACAACAAGUCCGGCACCGACGACUACGGCCGCGGCGAAGGCGGCUACAACAAGUCGGGCACCGACGGUGGCUAUGGCGGCGGGUACAACAAGUCCGGCGGCGGCGAAGGCUACGGCCGCAGCGGCGGCGACGGUUACAACAGGUCCGGCAACGACGACUACGGCCGCGGCGGCAGCGACGGGUACAACAGGUCCGGCACGGACGACUACGGCAGCGGCUACAAGAAGUCGGGCACCGACGACUACAGCGGCGGAGGCGGCGGCGCGUACAACAAGUCCUCCGGCGGCGGCGACGAGUACACCGGUGGCGGCGGGUACAAGAAGUCCUCCGGCAACGACGGGUACGACAGCAAGUCCGGUGGCGGCGACGACGCCGAGUACGGCUCCUCCCAGAACGACUCGGAGAAGUACAGGAAGGAGGCGAAGGAGCACAAGCACAAGGAGCACCUCGGCGAGAUGGGCGCCCUCGCCGCCGGCGCCUUCGCCAUGUACGAGAGGCACGAGGCGAAGAAGGACCCGGAGCACGCGCAGCGUCACAAGAUCGAGGAGGGCGUGGCGGCUGUGGCGGCGCUGGGCAGCGGCGGGUUCGCGUUCCACGAGCACCACGGCAAGAAGGAGGCCAAGGACGCGGCGGAGGACGCCGAGGAGGAGGAGGAGGCCGGCCGCGGCGAGGGCAAGAAGAAGCACCACUUCUUCGGCUAGCCGACCGAGCCCUAUGUGUGAGUGUGUGGCCUCCUGCUGCUCCUCCAGCAGCGGGUGAAUAAAAGCCGGGACGUUUCGUGCGUACGGUUCUGCGUAUCCGUGUACCGUAUGUGCUGCGUCACCGUGGUUACUGAUGAUGUGGCUGCACGCUGUCAGCCGUGUGUUGGUGUACGUGUCUGCAUGUGCAUUUGUCUACGCCGUUUUUUCUACGUGGUAUGGUAUGCAUGUACGUGUUCUGCACUUGACUUUGUAACCGAGGCUCUCAGAGUAAGUAUUUCUUCGUCCGUGUAUUUUAAUUAAAAAAUGACACCAGCGCCUAGCUACUGCGUGCUUCGCUUC